GCAGGCGACGUCCAGAUGCUACAGCUCCUGAUCUCAUUGGGGAGCAACGUCAACCGGCCGCUGUUUUUCAAUAAGCGCACGCCACUGAUGGUCGCCGUCUACGAGGGGAAGUUGCAAAUUGCCUCACUUUUGAUCGAUAAAGGGGCAGAUGAAAAAUUGACAGAUAUCAACGGAUUGAAUGUUCUGCACUAUGCGGCAGACUCGAAUAAGGAAGAAAGUGUCAAGUUCUGUUUGAGGAUCUUGAAGGAUCUCGAUUGUCAAGAUAACAAUGGCUGGACGGCUUUGAUGAGAGCAGCAAUUCUAGAGGCCUCUGAAGAAAUCAUAAAUUUACUUUUGGAAAAAGGAGCCGAUACAAAUCUAAAGGAUAAGAAUGGUUUAGACUUUAACGACCACAGAAAAUUGGCACUGAAUGUGAAAAAAACAUCACGCUGAGAAAACUUCAAUCGAUUCGUCAUCAUCCGUUUUCGGAUGAUGUAGGAGUUCUAUGCGAUUAUAACUUUUACGCCGUGUUGACUGAAUGUAUCGAUGUUCAGUAUGUAAGGUGCUUCUUUGAACUUCAGUUUGAACCAGUUUAGCUCCUUUUCGAUUAUUUUUGCUACAUACCUCUUGGUAGGUUCAGAUAUGAUUUGUCCUGCUGACUUGCACGUCUAGGAACAUAUUUGUCUGCUGCAAAUCAACUCAUAUGAAGUCGACUUUCUACUUCUCCAUUAAAUAAAAUGCAGGAAAUUUUAAAGGAAAGAAAGACAAAAAACUUCAAUAUAGACUUUUUACGAAGAUGUUUAUGAAGUACACCAUUAAGUGCGGUCAUGGAAUUUUUACCAAUACUGUUUCAUAUAUUACGUUCCUAUAUGUGCGCAUGCUUCAGUAUCAGCCAUCUUUUUCGUACUGUUUUUUGUAAACAACCAUGUUAAAG